AUGUUACAGUCGAAAUCUAUCACGACUAAAAUGAAUCUAGUCGAUAUUUUGCGUUCUCAUCGUGGACAAUUUUCUCAUAUUCUUGGGUAUGCGUUGACUAAUGACAAUGCACGCCAAUUAAAUUUAAGUAUCACUAAUACAGAAUUACUCAAUAAAGAUUAUGAAACAUACGUUUCAAAAUUAGAUCAUGAACAUUAUGUGUGGUUGGGAGGUUAUGGUGAACAAAGAAGCAUUUACAACUCGAGUUCAUUAUUUUCGGAUGUUGAUCGAUGCAUCCAUUUGGGUGUUGAUAUUCAACUAACACCGGGAACAUCGAUUUUUGCUCCAUUGGCAGGAAAAAUUCAUAGUUUCAAUGAUAAUGCUCAACCGUACGAUUAUGGACCGACAAUAAUAAUUGAACAUGAAUUGAAUGGACAUACUUUUCAUACCUUGUAUGGCCAUUUGAGUCGGGAAAGUCUGACUAAUUUAAAAAUUGGACAGUUAAUUGAAAAAGAUCAAUUAUUUUGUCAUAUUGGCAAUCGAGAAGUGAACGGCGGUUGGCCACCACAUUUGCAUUUUCAAGUGAUUGAAGAUAUGCAGAAUAAUAUCGGUGAUUAUCCGGGAGUAGCAUCGAAGAAAGACGCACCAAUGUUUUUGGCUAAUUGUCCCGAUCCCUCUUUUCUAUUAGGAUUUCCAAAUGAACCGAUAAUUUAUAAUAUUUAA